AUGGAAGAAACCUCAGAUCAUGAUCAACCGGGUUUGCGGAAGAUACCUCCUAUUGAUCAGUCGAACACGUCUCGCACCAGCGCAUCACCAGCGCCUCCGGUCACGAUCACCAAUUCCACCGGCCAUCUAAUGCGUUCAACUUCUGCCCAAUCGUACAAACACCUCUUCGAAGAUCACCUCUUGGAAGGCAACACGGCGCAGACGAACGACCGCCGCAAAGCCCCAGUAGCCCGUUACCUCUGGGAAUGGAUGCGCAAGCAUGAGCUCUGGAAUGCGCUGAGCGGCCCUGAUGCCUCUCUGGAAGGCCUCCAAAAACACAUUCACUUCGAGAUUACACUCCAGCCGUUGAUUGAGAACAAAGUCUUAAACUGCAAGGCUAUGGAUGCCCUGUGGGCUUGUCGGCACUGGGACUUGAAAACCAUCAAUGAUCUUCUUCCGCCAGAUAUCUGCCCUGAAGAUGGCAUCUCGGGACUCGACGAACAUUGCGUAAACGUUCUGCGGAGAGCGAGCAGAGCCGUUCCCGAUCACGCUGCUUUCAUCCACCAACUCGUCCAGCACAUUCAUGGUCGUCACCCUGUUCGGUCCGAAGACAUUUACCAUGUUAUUGAACGAAAUACUGUCCCGGAUCGAGGCAAGAAAACUUCAAAGAGGAAGAGGAACGAUGAGAACGGCAAUAACUCAAAAAGACCAAGGCAAGAAGAGGUGGAACAAUCCACUCAGGAAGAUCAAGGCAACGACGUAUCACAACCGCAACCAGGUCAGGUUGAACCACUCUUGAUAACGGACGAGGCUGACGGGUCCAGAGGUACUGUCACAAUCUCCCGCGAGGAGUACGACGGCCUGAAGGCAACAGUGGAGGACCAGGGAAAGAAGAUGAGGAAGAAGGACAAGAACAUUAAAGCUUUAAACAGGGCGACCAAUGUGCUACUCGCGAAAUUCAACAUGGCGCCAAUGAAUGUCGAGGACGAGGAGGACGACAUUGGUGAGUCCGUAAAUACUGUCGCCAUCUCUCGCGAGGAGUACAAUGGCUUACAGGCCAUGGUCGAGGAUCAGAUACGGAAGAUGAAGAAGAAAGACAAAAAUAUCAACGCUUUGAACAUGGCGAUCAACGAGCUGCGCGAGAAGUUUAACAUGGCGCCAUUGGAUGAGGAGGAGCAGGACGGGGAGGACUAA